AUGGCCCCCGUUCCUCGCGUCUACUCCAAGACCUACAAGGUCCCCCGUCGUCCUUUCGAGUCGGCUCGUCUUGACUCGGAAUUGAAGAUUGUCGGCGAGUACGGCCUGCGCAACAAGCGUGAGGUGUGGCGUGUCCAGCUCACCCUGUCCAAGAUCCGUCGUGCUGCUCGUGAGCUGCUCACCCUCGACGAGAAGGACCCCAAGCGUCUUUUCGAAGGUAACGCUUUGAUUCGCCGUCUGGUCCGUAUCGGUGUGCUCGAUGAGUCCCGCAUGAAGCUCGAUUACGUCCUGGCCCUCCGUGUCGAGGACUUCUUGGAGCGUCGUCUCCAGACCUGUGUCUACAAGCUUGGCCUUGCCAAGUCCAUCCACCACGCCCGUGUCCUGAUCAAGCAGCGCCACAUCCGCGUCGGCAAGCAGAUUGUCAACGUUCCCUCCUUCAUGGUCCGUCUUGACUCCCAGAAGCACAUCGACUUCGCUCUCACCUCUCCCUACGGUGGUGGUCGCCCUGGCCGUGUCCAGCGCAAGAAGGCCGCUUCUGCCAACGCAGGUGGUGACGAUGCCGCUGAGGAGGAUGAUGAGUAA